GGGCACCAAUUCCCGGCAGUAGGCCUGGGAACAUGGCAAGGUCAGCAGAUCCCUAUCCAACGAUUACCAACCGUCACAGGCAAAGGGACAGUCGAUGACGAGAACGCACUCGAGUCCUCCAUCAUCCACGCGCUCCAGUCGGGGUACCGUCUCAUCGACACCGCACAGCUCUACGGCACCGAGCAUGUCGUCGGCCGUGCCAUCCGCAACUCGGGCAUCCCCCGCUCCGAGAUUACCGUCGUCACCAAGUUCUGGGGCCAGUGGCACCACGAUCCCGCCGCAGCCCUCCAGAUCUCGCUCAACGAGCUGGACAUUGAGUACAUUGAUGUCUUCCUCAUGCACUGGCCGUGGGCGACGACGCCCGAUCGGAAGCCGCUCCGCAAAGACGAGAGCCCGACAUUCAAGGAGACGUGGGCCAUGAUGGAGGGUCUGGUUGGCGACAAGUGCAGGGCGAUUGGUGUCAGCAACUUUACGCAAAAGACGCUGGACGAGCUGGCGGAGACGGCCAAGAUCACCCCUGCGAUCAACCAGGUCGAGUUGCACGCAUUGAAUCCGAACCAUAAGCUGGUCGAGUACUGUCACGAAAAGGGCAUUGUCGUCAUGAGCUGGGCUACCCUUGGCGGCGGCGGAAACAGCGACACGAAAGAGGUCAUCCUCGGCCACGAGCUCUUCACCUCCAUUGCGCAGGCGCACGGUUGCUCCACGGGCGUCGUCUCGCUCUCGUGGGCUGUGCAGCGCGGCAUCAACGUCAUCCCGAAGAGUGGCAGUCACAAGCGCAUCGAGGAGAACAUUGCCCUGGUCACCUUGACGGAUGAGGAGAUGGACACGAUCAACAACGCCCACAAGACGAUCAAGUCCUAUCGCCUGGCCAAGGACAUUCAGGGUCUCCGGAUGAAGGUCGACGGGAAGGACUCGCUGCAAAUGUGGACGUGGCAGGACUUUGGAUGGGAGGAUGAGAGUGGCAACUGGCUGACAUAGAUAGGGUAAACUGCCAAAGAGCCCUCAAGCGAGUGACGACAUUGCCCGGUCAACAGUGACGCCUUGUGUUUGAUGGAAAUGUGGUGUAGGGUAAUUCUCGACUGACCGACGGUGAUGGUUCUAACUUCUAGUCUGAGAUUUGAACGACAUGAGAAACCAACACUGUCGCGCAAGGCCUCGAUGUCUUUACACAUGUGUUCGUCUAACGAUCAUGUACGUCAUCGUGUAAUCCUCCACUAGAGUGACCCGGACUCCGAAAGACCGAGGUGGUGAUGUUUCAUGGGUAUGUGCGCUGCGGUGGAUAUCGUAUCGUACGUU